CACUGUCUUUGCAGCAGUCAUGAAUCUGGAACAAUAGAUUAUUUUUGUAUUUGCUGCACACCGCUUACAGACUGUUUGGUUUCAGUUUACAACAAAAAUGUAUUUUGAAUUGUGUGUGAGAGUUCUUGUGCUCUCACUCUUGAUUUUUGGGCAGCAAGCAAAGGCACUCAGCUCCAGAAUUGUAGGCCCCAGUGGCAUUACAACUCGCUUUCAUUUUUCAAGAAGACUUAAACCUGCUUCCACUUCCAGUGAUGAUAGUUCAGCACAGCCUGAGAGGGUUUUGGGUAGUUAUUCACCCUUUCAUGCUGAUGGGGCAUUAUCUAAGACUCUGAAGCCAGCUGCUGCACCAAGUGGCUCUCAUGGUAGGCAAGUAGAUGGUUACAGUCCUGAGGGAAGUGUUUCUAGUUACGGGCCAAGCCAACCAAUAAUUCGUAAACCAAACCAACUACCUCAAGCUAACCCUAGUGCAAAUGGUGUGCUUCCAACCAAAGCUGCGCUGUGGGCUUUCCCUUUGCCCCAUAAUCCAAACUCUUUUCAGUCUGGUAUUGCUUCAAGUUCUGCAAUUGUGAUGCACUCUGGUCCCUACUCUGCAGUGCCAUCCAAGCCCCAGGAGCCCAAAAACCUUCCAAAGCCCCAGCAGGCCCGCUACAAGCCUAAGCCCCACCAGCCCAAACCUCAGCAGGCCGCCAACCCUUCAAAUCCCCUGCAGUCUUGGUACCGACCCAAACCUCAGCAGGCUGCAAAUCCUUCAAUUCCUCAGCAGGCCAAGCCCUACCAGCCCUCCUACCCUUUGAAACUCCAGCAGGCCGCAAACCCUUCAAAUCCCCUGCAGUCUAGGUACUGGCCCAAACCCCAGCAGACCAAGCCCAACCAGCCUUCCUACCCUUCAAAUCCUCAGCAGGCCAAGCCCUACCAGCGUUCCUACCCUUCAAAUCCUCAGCAGGCCAAGCCCUACCAGCGUUCCUACCCUUCAAAUCCUCAGCAGGCCAAGCCCGACCAGCGUUCCUACCCUUCAAAUCCUCAGCAGGCCAAGCCCUUCCAGCGUUCCUACCCUUCAAAUCCUCAGCAGGCCAAGCCCGACCAGCGUUCCUACCCUUCAAAUCCUGAGCAGGCCAAGCCCUUCCAGCGUUCCUACCCUUCAAAUCCUCAGCAGGCCAAGCCCGACCAGCGUUCCUACCCUUCAAACCCUCAGCAGCCCAAACCUCAGCAGGCUGAACCCCUGCAAGGGGUGCUCCAAAGUAAAGCUGGCAUGUGGGACAUUCCUUCCCAAGGAAGUGUUGCUUCUGGCUCUAAUGUGCAGCCCACUGACUCAAACUCGCGCUUGAAUGUUGACCCAACAAGUUUGAGAGAAAUUCCAAUGUCAUUCCUGUACCAGCCCAGGUGGCAACAGCAACUGGUGCCAGUGUAGAACAGACAUCAUUGACCUUCCUAACUGUUCCUGGACUUGCCUGGAAGCAGUCUGAACUGGCAUCAACUUUGAAUUUAAUAAAAUACUUGGAACACAC